GGUUCCUCCUUGGUGUGUGUGUGUGUACGGCGGUUCUCUCGUGCGUUUCACAUGUUAGAUCCGUCUUUUCAAUCUCUACAUUUUCCCCUUUUCUCUAUUUAAACAUUAAUGUCUUCUAUUGUAGACAUUGAUUUUUUCUUCUGCAAAAUUUUGAUUUGAAGUUCAAAAAAAAUUCUGAAUUUUUGGAAUGGCUAUGACAGCAGAUUCUUCCUCCCCACACAAAGGUCUCAAUAAUCCUCAGUUCCGUCACAAUAAUUUACGUAAACAGCCUUGGGCUCAAGUUGUUGCUUCCCUGCCUGAGCAAUCAAGUUUUUCCGACUGCUCUCCUUCGCAAGUGGCAGGUAUUUCUUUAGUCGCCACCGAAGUUGGUUCUGAUUCUGAUUGCAAUAAUAUUGCUCCUUCAAGCCCCAAGAAAUCGGUUUGGAACAAUCCUUCAAACGUUGUCUCCAUUGGGGCGGAUUCUGAAAAGGAAGAUGGGUGGCCUGCUUUAACUAAAUCCGCUAAGGGUUUCAAAAAAUCAUUAACUGAUUCUCCUCCAAAGACUCCGGCCGACAGAUCUCUUUCUACUCCUCCGGGUCCAGUGGUACCCCAAUCAACUCAUAAAGAAGGUGCUGGUUCUGCUAACCCGAAAUCAACGCCAAACCGCUCAAUGGUAAAUCGGCAGAAAUCUUCUAAGCGCAGUGGCAAUAGCUCUGCUAGUGGGCAUCCCCAGGGAGGUUAUUCUCACCAACUCCCACCUCCACCACCGCCGCUGCCGCCAUUUACUGUGUCACAAAUCCCCCCAACUAAUUUUGUUCCAGCAAUGCCAUAUAAUUCUACGAGAGACCCUCAGUACAGGGGUAAUAGUUGGGAAACCAGACCGGUUGGAGGCUUUGCAUCGCAGUCUCACAAUGACCGGCAUUCUUCCCGAAGGGGAGGCAACUAUGGACCACGUGGAGAUGGCUAUAAUAAUUGGGGGAGGCGUGAUCCGGAUCGUGGGAAUUAUGGGAAUGCAAGAGAUGGUCAUAUGCAACCUUUGAGAGCUCCCCAAAGGGGAUUUCCAAGACCUUCGCUUUCGUCUCCAGCAGUUCAUUCUUUUGUUACUCCACACCCUGUGGCCUCAUUUAUGAAUCCCAUAGGAGGAUACCCUGAGGCUAUGUAUUUCACUAUGGCCCCAUUUAGGGGCAUGCCAGCAUUUACCCCUGCCCCGCCUCCGAUGUUUGUGUCUGUUCCAGAUCCUCCUUUGCCGGCAUUAUUACUACACCAAAUUGAUUAUUAUUUCAGUGAUGAUAAUUUGGUGAAAGAUGACUUUCUGAAAUCUAAUAUGGAUGAUCAGGGUUGGGUAGCCAUUUCUUUAAUAGCAGGAUUUCCUAGAGUUAAGAGUUUAACAAGCAACAUUCAGCUGAUAGUGGAUUCGUUACGGAGCUCAACUAUUGUGGAAGUACAAGAUGAUAAAGUGAGGAGGUGCAAUGAUUGGAGUAAAUGGAUACCUUAUCGAGUUUCAACAACAUUAGGAUCAAUGUCUCCGGGCAUAUCAAGUUCUGAAGUACUAGCAAGUUCUUUUCGGCAUAUUACAAUAAGAGAAGAGUCUACUAAUCCCGAGGAUACUUCAGGAAGACUUCCACGACUCUCGAUUGGAGGAGGUUCUGAAGACCUAUGUUUGGACCAAAACUGAUCAAUCUUGCCACCACAAAGCACGAUCCGUUAAUAAAAGUUGUGCUUUAUUUUUUGAUUCGACUGAAGUGGAAGCUGCAUUGCAAAGAAUUGGACAACUUUUUCUUUUAUUUUCGCUCAUCGUCACAUGUGGUUUGGUGUGGCGAGUAGAGGCAACCAAUAAGGUACAUAAAUUUAUCUUUUGAAACAUAAGAGGGAAGAAAAAAAGAGUGGACUGUGGAAGAAUAAGGACUACUUUUGGUUGUAUAGUUUUGCUAUUAUUAUCCUAUGAACAAUUCUUUCUUUUAAUUCCUUGGGUAGGAAAGUCCAUUAAUUAGUAUUC